GAUAUUGAGCGUGUUCAGCCGAACUAAGUCCUGAGUAAACUUAGUAAGAUGUAUAGUAUAGUAGAUAGAUACAGUCGGCGACAAGUAUUUCUCCCGUGCACAGUAACAAACGUGCACAAAAUAUCUCUGUAAAUAGCUCCAUGUCAGCUAGUAAUCGAUAUUGAAUAAGUUAAGAAUCCUGUAAGAAUCUUGUUAUUGUUUAUUUUAAAAAUAAAUUUUUAUUUAAACAUUAGAUUAAAGUUGUUGACUUUCUGUUAUAAAAAUGGCACUAUUUGAAGAUUACCUAGAUAUAGAAGCGUUGGAAGAUGAAAUAUCACAAGUUUAUGUUUGUGGUAUAUGUGAGGAGAUUUGUAACAGUUACUUAGAUCAUAAUUGUUUAAAAAAAUAUAAAAAUCAUCAUAUCGAUGAGAAUCAUUAUUGCUAUCCUUUACUAGAGGAUGGUGUUACAAUAAUUCGACGUGCUUUAUUGGAAAAUGGACGUGAGGAACUUAUUACGGAGAAAAUUUAUUCAGUAAGUAAAGAAAACAACAAAACCUCUGGCAAUUUUCAAAUUCCUAAUUCUAAAAAUAAGAAGGUAAAAACAAAAGCGCAAUUUUCUGUAUCGCCAAAUAAACGAUUAAAUGAUACUGAAGUCGAGUUGUUAAUAAAUGAGGUGCAAAAAAGAGUCCCUCUGUGGAACCAUCAUGUUCCCCUCAAAGAAAGAAACCGAGAAGCUGUUUCAAAUUUGUGGAAAAAGGUUUCAAUGGCAUUGAAAGGUAAGCUAGAUGCUGAAGAAUGUAAAAAAAAAUUUUAAUACAUUCGGGAUACUCAUCGUAAAAUAAUACAAUAUGAAAACAAACCAAGUGGUUCAUCAAGGGUCGAUUCUAGUGAUGAAUGGAAAUAUUACAGAUGUUGUGAAUUCCUACGAGAUACUUGCUUAAUUCGCCCAACUAGAACAAACGUAGAUGAACAUGCUACCGCUGGUUUUAAUAACGACGGAAGCUUUAAUAAUGAUUCAUCAAAUGCUGUGGACAACAGUUUUGACGAAAGUACUGACCAGGAUAAUAAAUCUGCCAAUACAAAAGGAAAAAAACGUCAGGAAAUUACGGGUUCUGUAAAUGCAAUCAACCGUAUCGCUGAUAUUAUUAGUAAAGAUAAAACAUCAGUCGCUCUACCGGAACCGCCAAAAUUGGAUCAAGUUGGUGGAUUUUUGAUCGGUAUCGGCUAUCAGUUACGACAGCUACCAGAUGAUGUCCAAGUGCAAACCAUUAUUGAAAUUUUACAGUUGAUUCGAGAAAAAAAUAACCUAUACGUACAAAAUUAGUAAAACAAAUAAUUUACA